GUGUAUUUCGAUUUUGUCGUUUAGUACCUUGGUGGACUUGCCCUGAUCGAGUCUUUCAUCACUGAGCGUCUGGAGACAAACCGCAGCCUAGGUAUGCCGAGCGACACAUUCUUCAUAAUCAUUGAGGAAAGAGCGCUUGAGAUUGCGUACGUGAGAAAGUCGGUAACUAAGAUAAUCGACCGCUUGUAUUUGCAUCCAUCUUGCACACCAUAUCUGCAAUACCUCCUCAGAACCAUUAAGACAAAAAUGCUUGUUGUACACCAUGAUUUGGACAAUGCCGAAGAUCUUGCUCUUCAACAGUCAACUUCCAAUUCGCUCCUUGUUCCCGAUCAACCUCGAGUCAAGAGAAGUAGCUCUGGAGCUAUCUUCCAAGCAUUGGUCGACAUAGCGCAGAGAUGGGAUGGAGGCUAAGCAAAACCAACUUACUGCCUUCUAAGGCCCUUGUGGGGGUUUCUUAUUCCGCAUUCUAUGCUCUAUUGUCAGAAGGAGGUUUUCUCCGGUGGGCAACAAUAGAAAGGAGCGCCCCAAACGUGGCAAUCUCGACAAAUAUAAAGGG